AGCAGUGCCUUGCUCAGGGACACCUCGGUAGCACUUGGUCUUUCCGGGACUUGAACUAGUGACCUUCCAGUUGCCAAGUCAAGUCCCUAUGGACUUCGCCACCACCGCCCUGUUCACAGACGACUUGGAUUGCAUAUGUUUACACAGGGAAAUCGACACUGUGGUGUUAGAAAAAGCUGUAUUGACAACAGCACUGGUUGCCAUGAAAGAUGUGAAACGCACCUCUUUGGUUGAACCAAUAAAUGAAAGGACAUACAAAACUGGAUGUCAUCAAACCUGCUCAAAAUCAACAGCAAUAAAACAGAGCUCAUGAUUGUGGCACCCAAGGCGCAGCUCCAGAAGGUUGGAGACCUGCUUCUCUCCAUUGACGGCUGCUCCAUCUCCCCGUCCAAUGAAGUCCGCAACCUGGGAGUCAUCAGGCUUACACUUGUACACACAGCUGCCACACCCUGUACCACACAGCAUUCCACACUCUACACUCGUCGAUCGGAGCGCAUUUUCUCAUCCGCCUCACGGAGCGUGGAAAGUGAGGGGCAGGGCUGCCUCUCUUCGUGGAGAGGAGGUUUACCUGUGCACCUGUGCUGUGCUGCUGUGGGGAGGUUUUUUUCCCCGGGAAGUCGCAGAGAGACGGAGCGGCUACACAUUGUUGCUCGGGCCGGGGCCCCCUUUUUUCCACCUGUCCAGUUCUGCUGUGGCGGAGACCUGCUUCCACUUGUCGUGUGCUGCUGUCCUGGCGAGAUUUUGCCCCGGGGGCGUAACGGAGACGCCGGAGCGCUUCGCGUUCGGGCUGCGGCCUGCUUUACACCUGCUGUAGCGGAGGCCUGUAUCCACCUGCUCCACCUGUCGUGCUCUACGGUGCCGAGGACGUUUUACCACGGGGAUAUCGCGGAGAGACCGGUGCGCCUCUACGCCUCGAGCUGAGCCUGCUUCGCCUAUCCUGCUGGACUGAGCAGGUUCUGCACCGGGGAUAUCGCGAAGAGACCGGAGUCCGGAGCGCCUCCACGUUUCGGCCUGCUUGCGCGCCUAUCCGGAUGCUGUGCUGGUCUGGGAAAAUGGCCCAUAUCGUGAUUCUGCUAUGCCUGUUAGCUAUUUUGGACAAUGAGAAGUUCUCUCGUCAUCCUGAGAAGUCGACUGGAUUAAGGUCUGUUCUACCGCCCGCAGUGGACAUCCCCUGUAAAGGUUCGGAUGUGUUACACAAACAAUUACUGGUUGCCUUGUCACAGACAUUCAGUUCGACAAAUGUUUGUCUUUCUCACUUGCCUGCUAUGAUGGUUCUUCAGGACUCCUUCUUGAGCUCUAAUCUCACUUUUGCGGAGUUUACUGGUGACUUUAAAGCAGAUGACAAUGUAUGUGUGUCGGUUAAGAGGAAAAGGUGCUUGGUUUUUUUGUUAUUAUUACUAUCAAGGAAUGUACAACUAAACCCUGGACCGCCCAGCAGCAGUAGUAGUCAGAUAGCUACUCCUGCUGAUUUUAAUUCUAGAUCUGGGUUGGGAUUCAUUCACUUAAAUGUGCGCAGUCUGUUACCUAAAUUAGAUUUUGUCCGCAUUUGGGCGAGCUCGACUGAUGCUGAUUGUCUUAUCAGAAACGAGGCUAGAUAAAUCUAUUUUGGCCUCUGACAUCUACUUAAAUGGUUAUAGUGUAUAUCGUACCGACCGUCCUAAAAAAGGUGGUGGCGUUGCCAUUUAUGUGAAAAAUAAGUUUUGUGUAACCAAGAUGGUUUCCAAAUCUAUUAGUAAACAACUAGAAUUUUUUUGCUUUAAAUAUCGAAGUAGCAAAGGGUCAACAGGUCAUGGUGGUGGGCUGCUACAGACCGCCCUCAGCUGUCAAGGACUCUUUAUCUUCUUUGGCAAAACUUUUAUCUCAACUUGACAAGGAAAUAGUGCUGCUUGGUGAUUUUAAUUGGGACUGUUUAACUUCUGUGUCAGAGGAUUUAAAAAACCUUUGUAUCUCUCUGAAUGUUACUCAGAUUAUAGACAGUCCU